AUAACAGCUGUGGAUUAUGAGGUGUUUUAUUCUCUGAUACCACAGCAAUUUGCCAAAGAAUACAUUUUUUAUAUUAAUUAAAGAACGACACAUUGUACCUUUUAUCCAUUUAAAGUUAGAGUUAAUGCUGUGGAAUGUUUACAACGCUUGUCAUGUUACAGAGAACAACGCCGUCCUGAAGACUUUUACGUGGCGGAAAACCUGAAGAGACAACUUGAUCUGUUACAAACCACUCACACUGGAGACUCCUUACAAAUAAUUUAAUGGUAAACAUCUCCUCACUGAAAACUUCACCAUACCAACGAUCACACACACAUCUGUUUAUGUCGAGAGUCUGCCAAACAAGUAAGUUGUUACUAUAAAAACUAUAACAAAUUAGAAUGAACGCAUAAAUAUAAACCCUCUUCUGACCAAUCAGACUUAAGAAUUCCGCAGCACUCUGGUACAAGUGGUAAUUAACACAUUUAAUAACAAAACACUGUCAAAUUUUCACUUCUAUACCUCUAUACUCCUUUUCCUUUGUUCUAAACAUUUUCGGUCAUUCUUGUAAGAAGUCCCGAAGCAGUGUCUUUUGUUUAUUUAAUCUCAACCACAGUUUGUAGCUUUUGACAAAGACGAAGCAAACAAUGCAUUCUCUUUUAGGAGUGUGUGUGUUUGUAGGUGUUCAGCAGGUGUGUGUGUGUGGAUGACACAUGGGAGUCGAAUUGUUUGGGAAGAAAAGAAAACGUGAGCCACUUGGAGAGGAACAAUAGAGGACGGUGAAAGGGGCAGAUGGGUUCAUUAUGCUACAGAACGACAUGAUGACAAUGAGUGCUGCUGCUGUCCCUGGGCAAGGAAACACACACACAACUACAUGAGGCUGACUAUUAAAAUACUAAACAACCACUAUCAUGGGCAUUCCAUGUAAAGAGCUUGCUGCCUAGCUAGUUUAUGCUAGCUGGGAGUCUAUGCUAGUCUAACCUGGCAUUAGCAAAGAAAACAGACUAACUUAGUUAAAUAUAGACAGUUAAUGUUAGCAAAUUAGCAAAGCUUCUCUCAAUAUGCUUUUUCAAAUGAGAUAUAGUUAACGCCUACUAGGUAGGUAAACCUGGCGCCCCGGUUUAUACGAGUCUCUGCUUACUGCAGCAUAUUGGGCACUUAUCCUCAAAUUCAACACUGUAAUCCAGUGGAUUAUCUAUUUUCAGAAGCGGUCGGUUAGCUAUAGCAGGUGAUGAAUUGCCAUGGAUCUGAAGGUUUUUUUCCUACGUUGAUUAACUUGAUUGGAUGCUAAACUGAAACAAAAAAUAUUAUUGAGUACAAGUAUUUGAUUUCAAUAACACUUGAGUAAAGUAUUAAUAGAUAAAGUAUAAACACUUAUAUGAAUGUAUGUUAAUGAAGUAUUGUCCAGCUUGGAUAUUAAAACUUCUAAAUGUUCAACAUUGCACUCCACAUGUUCUCACACCUGAAAAUUUAUCAAACAGAAAUAAUUCUGGAGGUGACUGUUACUCUUAACAUGCAAUGUGUGUGUGUGUGUGUGUGUGUGUGAGAGACAUCUGCAGUAACUUAAGAACAAUGACUUUUAGGUGAAGCUUAUUGGCUGAACCUGAGCCUUCAUCUGAAAGGGGCGUGACUGCGUCCGUGUGUGUGUGUGUGUGUGUGUGUGUGUGUGUGUGUGUGUGUGUGUCCGGGAGUACAGUUUCACAUCUGUCUGAGGAUUUAAAAACCUGCGUUUCUACACACCCACCCACACACACUCACACACGCUGCAGACAUGGACGGCGCUCUUCCCCCGCUGCACGCGCCCUUGUUGCUCCGCGCGCCGCGCCUCCUGGACCGGGCUCAGUAUCCCGCGCGGAGCCCGAAGUGCGCGCGCUGCAGGAACCACGGCGUCGUGUCGGCGCUCAAGGGCCACAAGCGCUUCUGCCGCUGGAGGGACUGCGCAUGCGCCAAGUGCGCGCUCAUCGCCGAGCGCCAGAGGGUCAUGGCGGCGCAGGUGGCGCUCCGCCGACAACAAGCGCACGAGGAAAGCGAAGCCCGACAGAUGCAGAUCCUCUACCCGGGGUCGGGGCUGCUGGAGAGAGGCAUCACACCGAGCACCACCCCGGGGCUACACGCCGCCUUCACCACCGAGCACAGCAAGCCCGGAGACCAUCUGAAAAAAUACAUGUUUAACGGCUUCAUGGUCGGCUCUCACGUGCGCCCGGUGACGUCUCCGGUGGCCAAGCUUGACCUCGGCCCAGAGGUCAGUCCCACAGAGCCUCUGCAGCUAAGUGGAAAGCAUUCUCCCGGGUUUGACCAGCUGUCUGAGCGCACGACAAGCCCGCGAUCUCUCUCCCCCUCAGACCUGGAGUCGGGAAGCGAGUCGGAUAAACCCAAAGUCGAGGCGUCUGGAGACGUGGCGAGGCCAGUUUCCUCCGGUAGAGAGCGCGAGCCUGCCGAGGUGCUGAUGAAAAUCUUCCCUCAUGUCAAGCAGGAUGUGCUGGAGUCAGCUCUGAGCGCGUGCACGGGGGACAUCGUGAAGGCCAUCGAAAUGCUGCUUGCCUCUAAAGAGGGACGAUGCGCAGACGAACCGGAAGCUCCGUUAACGGAGAACACGGCGGCGGCACAGCGGCCUCACGCGCUGCACCUUCCCACCUCAAAGUCCGCCUUCUCCCCGCUGCAGUCCUCCGCUGUGAAACCUUUCGGAAGUGACGGCUUCUACGGGCUCAGUCCUUGUUUUGGGAUCAAUCCACUGCGUGUUGCGUAUUCCGGGUCCGGAGGCGCGUUACCGAGCUUUUUCUCUCCGUAUCUGACAUCCGGACUGCUCCCCGCUGUGCCUCUGCGCGCGCCCGGCGAUUAUCCGUUUCCCACCAUGAUCCGGGAUUUGGCCUACCAGAGCAAAGACACUCUCAGCGCCGCACCUCUCUACUCAGGACACCGGAAGUGAUUAAUACUGUCCUUUUAGUGUAUUACAGUAACCACUGUGGUGAUACAGCUUUGUAUGCCUCCAGUUUUGUAGCCUGUAAAUGAACCUCUCUUGCCUUGAAAUGUCAGAACCAUUCAUUCUAUUUUUAUACCUGGUCAUAUUUUCUAGCUUUAUUUUUUGAGUAGUCUGAACUGUACAUAGCCUAUAUUUUCACGUUUUGUAAAUAAACCCUCCACUUGGAGAAAAAUGUCUAUA